AUGGGCCAGACUCUUGUCACCCCUUUAAGUUUGACUUUACAGCAUUUCAAGGAGGUCCGCGGUGUGGCCCACAGCAACUCCGUGGACGUCAAGAAAGGCAGAUGGCAGACCUUCUGUACCUCCGAGUGGCCAACCUUUUCAGUCGGGUGGCCUCGGGAUGGAAGCGUUCCUGAGAACCCCGAUUUCUCUCCGGUAGCGGGUCGGAUUAGAGGCCGAAGGGAACCCCAGGGGUCGUCACAGACCCUUCCGCUGAGAACUGGGAAUGAUGGUCGCCCCCAAUAUUGGCCCUUCUCCGCCUCAGACCUUUAUAAUUGGAAAAACAAUAACCCCUCUUUUACACAGGAUCCCUCUAAACUGACUAGUCUUAUUGAAUCUGUCUUAAUUACCCACCAGCCCACUUGGGAUGACUGUCAGCAGCUCUUACAGGUGCUCCUCACCUCUGAGGAGAGGCAGAGGGUCUUCCAGGAGGCCCGGAAACAGGUACCGGGUGAUGAUGGACGCCCCACCCAGAUACCGGCUGAAAUUGAGGAGGCUUUCCCCUUGAAGCGACCCGAGUGGGACUUCACCACGGCUGCAGGUAGGGCCAGCCUACGUCUCUAUCGCCAGUUGCUUGUAGCGGGUCUCCUAAGGGCAGGUAAAAAGCCCACCAAUUUGGCCCAGGUCAAGUCAGUCACUCAGGGACCGGAGGAACAUCCAUCUACGUUCAUGGAACGUCUGAAGGAUGCCUACCGGGUACAUAGCCCAUAUGACCCGGAGGAUCCGAGCCAGGCCACUCACCUCAUCAUGUCUUUUAUCUGGCAGUCGGCUCCAGAUAUUAGAAGGAAGUUAGAGAGACUGGAAGGGCUAAGAGAUAGUAGCCUUCAGGAUAUUCUAAAGGAAGCUGAGAAAGGGUUUAAAAACAGCCCCACACUAUUCGAUGAGGCUCUACAUCGGGACUUGGCGGACUUUAGGGUCCAACACCCGGCCAUCGUCUUACUUCAAUAUGUAGACGACCUUAUCCUAGCAACGGUUUCCCAGGAGGAGUGUGAACGAGGGACUGAGGCCCUGCUUGAGACCCUAGGGGCGUUGGGAUACCGGGCGUCAGCCAAGAAGGCUCAGCUUUGUAAGCCUCAGGUGAUUUACCUGGGAUACCAGAUCCACGAAGGAAAACUACGAGAGUUCCUGGGGACAGCGAGAUUCUGCCGCCUCUGGAUACCGGGGUUUGUGGAACUGGCAGCCCCCCUAUAUCCCCUCACCAAACAAGGGGUAUUAUAUCAGUGGGAAUCAGAACAUCAGGAGGCUUUUGAGGCCAUAAAACGGGCUCUUUUGAACUCCCCGGCCCUGGGACUCCCGGAUUUGACCAAACCAUUUGACCUCUUUGUAGAUGAAAAACAGGGAUAUGCGAAGGGGGUCUUGACACAGAAAUUAGGGCCCUGGCGACGACCAGUGGCCUACCUGUCAAAGAAAUUGGACCCGGUUGCUGCCGGAUGGCCACCAUGCCUCAAGAUGGUAGCGGCCAUCGCCCUCUUGCUCAAGGACUCUAUGAAGUUAAAACCUCUUGCUGUUGCAUCCGAAUACCUGGUCUCGGUGUCUUUGUGGAAAGCCGGAAGUUCCUACGAGGCGUGCUUCAGAGUUCCGGAACAGUGCCGGCACCAUGUGGGAGCUGAUCUGAGGAGUUGUUAG